GUUUGCGUUAGGAACCACGCAACCACAACACAGGCAUUUUUUUGGAAAGCCAGACCAGACGCUGGCCGCCACGUUGCAUAGAGAGCGAGAAGUAUUUUAGAAGAAAGUUGUGAAGAACAUUUUAAAAGUGGAAUAAAGUGACAAUCGUCAGCGUUGACAGACCAAAACUAACAUGAUGAAGGUUUAGUUGAAAUAAAAUAUGUAAUAUUUGAAAAUAAAGGGCUUCUUGUGUCUGUAAAUGAUGUGGUGAUAAUUUUGGAUUUAAAAUUCCCGCUAAUAUUGUGUCUCAAACUAGUGCCCGAAGUUCAUUGGUUGAAGUAGGAUAUGAUGCGCAAGAGACCACUCAUCUCAUUCUGUACAGUAUAUUCUAGGUAUAUACCAUGUGACGGCACGGACAGCGUGCGAUGUGGUGUAUGUUGAGGUUAUGACCAGUUAUGGUUAUGACAUUGUAGGAUAUUGGUAGAAUUUGAGUUUUUUGUGUGUGAAUUGAACAGGAGAGCUAGCGUUGUGCACUUUGAUGAUCUUGUAUAUCUGUUGAAGACUUAGGUUAUUCUUCAAAUGCCUCCAACUCUGUGUUUCAGAAACUGUGGACAAAGAGCCGUUUUGAAAAGACCAAAGACUGGUGAUGCACUUUGCAAGGAGUGUUUUUUCUCUGCAUUUGAAGAUGAGGUUCAUAAUACUAUUAUUCAGGGAAAUCUCUUUAAAUCCGGACAGCUAGCAGCAAUUGCUGCAUCUGGGGGAAAAGAUUCUACAGUUCUUGCUUAUGUUCUCAAAUUGCUCAAUGAUAGGCAUAACUAUGGACUGAAUUUAGUUCUCCUGUCAAUUGAUGAAGGGAUAUCUGGUUAUCGAGAUGAUAGUUUAGAUACAGUAAAACAAAAUCGUGAAGAUUAUGGAAUACCUUUAAAAAUACUUUCUUAUGAAUCCCUUUAUGGUUGGAGUAUGGAUGCCAUUGUUAAACAGAUUGGUCGUCGCAACAAUUGCACAUUCUGUGGUGUCUUUCGACGUCAAGCCCUGGACAGGGGUGCUGCUUUACUAAAAGCAGAUAUUGUAGUUACAGGCCACAAUGCUGAUGAUAUAGCUGAGACAGUACUCAUGAAUGUAUUGCGUGGAGACAUUGCGAGACUGCAGAGAUGUACUGCCAUUACUACUGCAGGUGAAGGAAGCAUUCCUCGGUGCAAACCUCUCAAAUACACCUAUGAGAAAGAGAUUGUUAUGUAUGCCUAUUUCAAGCGGUUGCAUUAUUUCUCAACAGAAUGUAUUUAUGCACCAAAUGCAUACAGAGGUGAACGUCUUGCUGUGCGUGAGGGUGUUCGUUUGCCAGCUCGAGGGGUUUGUGAGCGAUGUAACUUUGUGUCAAGCCAGCCAUUAUGCAAAGCCUGCACACUUCUAGAAGGACUCAACAGAGGAUUGCCUCGUUUGGGUCUAGCUAAGAGCAGUAAGGCAGAACAAAUGCUUGAGACAAAAAAGCGAAUUAUAACUGCUCCUGAUUUUUGAGGCACAAAUGUAUUUCAAAGCAACAUUUAGUCUGCCACCAAAAGAAAAUGAACAAAAUUAUUAAUAUAGAAAAUGUGUGAUGAUCUAUACCAUACUCGGUUGGGAAGUAAUUUUUUGUUUAAUUAUAAAAUUGGAAAAACUUUAUUUUAGUUACAGAGUAUAUUAUUAGAAAUUUGUUAAUUUUUGUGAGCAGAAGCAUCAUGCAUUGAGAGCUAUUCAUUAGCUUUGCCAUUGUGAAGAUUUUUAGAAUUUAUUUUAUCUGGAUUACUUGCAUUAAUGAAUAUGUGUUUUCUGAAGAAAUAAGAAGUGCUCAUUUAUGUGAUAUUGUAUAAUAUACAAGGAGGAUAGUAUUGGGACUUGUAAUUCUAUAAGGACUUCAAUGCUUCAGUUUUCAGUACCUAUUUUUAUUGUACAUUGCCUUUAACUCAGCUAAAAUAAAGUGUAUGAUUUCUAUUUUGUCAUUGUAUUGCAGGCUGAAAGAAUUGGAUUUCUGCAAAAACACAAUGUAUAAUUUUUUAAGGAAAUACAUUUUUUCCCCUCCUGAAUUGUUUAUGAACAAAGCUAAUGCCAAACCUAUUCUUAAUAUUUUCACAGAAAAUAGAUAUUCCAAGAAUGAUCUGUGUGUUGGUUUGCAGCACCUUGAAUUUAAAAAUGUUUUUUCAUUUGGGUAGUAAUUUACACAAAUUAUUAGAUGUAUUCAAAACUUUCUCAAAAAUUAAAUUAAAUUCUACUUAAAUAAAACAGUUGAUUUUC